AUGUCAGGAGGUGGAGCCGAGAGCUCGAGCUCCAUCCAGCUGCCCUGGCAGGCCAUACCGCGCUUCAUUUGUGGGACAACGGAUGUUACUGAGUACAGUGGAAAAUUGAAGUUUCUGGCGGCCAUGUGGCCGAAGGAGCAUUUGGCUCUUUUGGCCCCACGUGCGGCCCUCCUUACAGAGGGCACAGCGUUCAAGAAGGUUGCGAAGAUCGAUGCCGAGAAACUCAAGUCUUCCGAUGACUCAGGGGUUCGCCUUUUGGUGUCUACGCUGGGAGGGUCCUGGGGUAAGACAGCCUUGGAGGAGAAGUAUGAUUGUUUUGAGAAGGCUAUCUACGGAACUCUUCAGAAGAGCGAUGAGAGCAACGACAGCUACCUGGCAAGGCAUGAUGUUCAUUUUGAGGAGCUCCUCCUGCAGGGAACCGCGUUGGAGGAGGUCAGGGCAUACAUCCUGCUUAGGCAGUCCCAGGUGUCUUCAGAGGACCGGAAGAAGAUCGUUGUGGAGAUGGGUGGCACAUUGAAGUAUGAGAAGGUGUGCAGUGCCAUCAGGCUCCUGGGAUCCCGGUUCUUUUCCGACCUUCAGGGGCAAAGGACAGCCCGGACCAAGGUCUACGAUGCCAACUUGGUCGAGGAACCUCCCUUGGAGGACUUCGAGCGAGCUUAUCAUGCCAACGCGCCAGGCCCGGCUGAGGAGAUCGAUGGAGAGCUCGAUCAGGAGUACAUUGAUGCUCUUGUGGCGGCUGAUGACCCAGACGCCACCCAGAUCCAAGUGUUUGAAGAUGAACUUGAGACGUUUUUUCAAGAUGUGCCAGACUUGCAAGAUGCGCUUGUUUCGUAUCUUGAGGCGAGGAACCGUUUGCAAGCUAAGAAGCGCUCAAGGGGAUUUUGGCCCAUUGGGAGUUCUCAGAAGGGUUUCAAGGGAAGCAAGGGCAACAAGGGUGGUGGUAAAGGCAAGUCCAAGGGGGCCAAGGAGCAGCUCCUUGCUCGUAUUGCCAAAAGCCACUGUCGCCUGUGCGGCGAAAGGGGACACUGGAAAGCCGAGUGCCCUCGCAAAACCAGUGCAGGUCCCAAGACUGAGGCCACCACGACGAUGGCUGAGGUCCUGGAAGAUGCGUCGAUCUCCGAGGCAGCCGACUCGCCCGCCCCGGAAGUGCUGACGACGCUUCCCGAGGAAGCGCUUUCCUUGGAGGAGGCCCUUUUCGCUGAAGAACCUCCCAAACUUAGGCCCACCACUUGUGGGGAAGCAGCCUUGACUGAGCCGCCAGCAGGCUUGUCUCACGUUUUGUGGCUGAGCAUCGAGAUCGUGCCAGGACGGACGAUUCACCUGAAGCGGUUGAACGUGAGCCGUCGCCUGCGCACCGGUCCAACCGGACUCUACAUGCUAGACCUGACCGAGUUGUGUGAAGAGAACAGCCGAACUGCAGAGUGCCAGAAUGCCAGUGAAGAUUCCUUGUCGGCUGACCCCACACUGUCCUACACCAUUCCACAGCUGGAGGCCAUGGAUGUGAACGAACUCGGAGCCUUUCAGAUCGAUUUCGGUCGAAAGUUUGUCGGCAAGACUUUUGCCGAGGCUCUGGAGGCUUCCCCAGAAUGGGGAAAGUGGUGCUGCGAUCACCUCAAGGACUCACCGAAGCAGAAGCACCGCGCCCUCCUCAUCUACAUCCGCAAGUAUGUGGAACAGGCCGAGAAGAUCGAGACCGAGCUGCAAGCCAGCUGUCCCCGCGAUCUGCCGAAAGUGACCAAGACAAGCGAGGUCACUCCCAAGGCCAAGACAGGCGGGAAGGGCAAGGCCUCAUCCGUGGACGAGCCCUGGGACGUGAUCGAAGCGGAAGGUUCCGCCGUGGAGGAUCAGGUGAGUGCCCUCGCUGGCCACGUGGAUCAACAGGUCCAAGCGCUGAAUGGGCGCAUGGGGCAAAUGGAGCAGAUCAUGCAACAGGUGCUGGGAGCAAUCCAGGAGCUCCAUGCCCGAGAAAUCCUUCAUCAGCAAGUCUCCGUGAAGGCGUUAAAGAGCUUCCUGCGCACAGCGCCGUGGCAUUCGCUUGCCAAGGAGGUUGCCUGGGCUACCUUUCAAGACUCCCAGCUAAAGUACGGGAUUCCCACCGAGCAGCAACUGGAUCUUCUAGAGAUUCAUGCACCCGAGGAUAGCCAGUUAACUCAGUGGGUCCAUAGGUGUUUGAGUGGCAACGAAGACAUGGUAGGGAAUUCCAUCUAG